UACGCAUGCGCGCUGUGUAUGUCCGGGCUGCACUGUACUCUGUAUAGCUAGCUAGAAGCUAGCGUGUGUGAAGAAGACGAGAUCUAGCUCAGGUGUUUACUAGUGAUCCCCCAUCCAGCCAGCAAUGGGAGGAAAGAGCAGUCGCCCGCCGCCAGACGCGCGGACCAAGGAGAACGGCGGAGACGGGCAGACGACUCUCCGCGCCAUCUCCAGGGGCCGCGUGUACGUCGUCAUCACGUUCCCAGCUGCCGCUCAGCGGCUUGAGAACUGCCACUUCAACGAGGGAGGCUACGACGAGCUACUUGGAGACCUUCAGCAGUCAAUGCCGGAUUUCGAAUUUUUCCUGGAGUGCGGGAUGCUGCAGCGCUACUCUAAGCACGCCACCUUCUACAACAGUGCACAUCCGGACAAGGGGCAGUUCAAGCCGAGGGUCAGAGUGGAGGUGUUCUACACCGGCGUCUACGAGGGAAUCGACUCGAGGCUCGUGAGGAAACUUAUCUCCCAGCAUCUGGACCCGGAGGGGUUAACAAGUAUUGACAUUCGGUGUGAGAUGGGGCGCUACCACACCACCUCACACCUGGAGACCCUCCUCCGAUUGUAGCCCCGCCCCCUUCAGGCCACACCCCCUCGUUACUCCAUCUCCAGAGUGUGGUACAUAUCACUCCCAGUGACAAAUCAGCUGUUUCUCCAGCACACAUUUCAUGUGUGUAUAUUUGUAUAAUACUGUUCUGUUUAUGUAUGACAUUGUUGCAGUUUUUGUUGUUAGUACUGUGAUAUAGGCACGUGAGCUUGCGUCACACAACUG